AUGGAGAAACAAAUAGGAAAAACUGUACUUGUUGUUCUUUUCGUGAUAUCCGCGUUAAAAAAUUAUAUAUCAUGUAUAGAAAUUUCUUCGCAGAUCGUAUUUGAUUCGCGAGAGAAUGAAGGAAACUCGAACGAUUUCAAUUUGAGAGAUUUUCUAAAUUUAAAUGAAGUUCAUGAUCAGGCAGCAACGACUCAGCAGAUUUCUAAAUCUUUUAUCUCUAAGAUAAAUAGUGAAAAUGAGCUUAGAAUGCUGAAUACGGAAAGAAGUGAUUCUAUGGAAGACGAUUCAUUGAAACAACCAAUUGUUAUUAAUAAUAUUCAAAUUACGGUAAGUGGAAACGGGACGAUGUCUAGUACAGACGUGUGCAAAAAUGGCAUUUGUAAUGUUUCGGUCUCAUCGAGACUAAAUAACGAGGGUAACAUCGUAACAAAUGUUCAUCUUACCAUAACAACAAAAUUAGAAACUGAUUUUAAGACAAAUGAUAUUCCAAUUGUGGAUGGAGUUCGUGGUAUAGAAAAUACGUACAAUCGUUACUACAAUCAUCUGAAUCAUUCACGUCCAUUGUUAUAUCUAUACAAGAAUAUUCCACAGAUUCAAAGUCGUUACCAAGGUGGUGAACCAUGGUAUCAAAAUCGAAGAAGUAUUCAAAGAUCUGAAGUUAAACCUGUUGUUAACGAUAAAAUCAAACCACCAUUUAGCAAAACCUAA